GCGAUAACGUGAUACGAGGUACGUAGCAACUACCAAGAAAGAGAAAAGAAAACACAGCGCGUGGCGAUGGAAGGCAAAGGGUUAUUGAAACUGCCGUAUGAUACCACCGUGAAGUUUAUGCUGGCGUCACUUGAGCGCAACCUCCUCCCAGAUGCACUCAUUCGGACACUCACUCGCGUCCUUUUGUCCACGCGCCUUCGCUCUUCCUACAGGCCUUCCUCCCACCUUCAGCUCUCUGACCUUCUCCAUUUUGCUCAUUCUUUGCGAGAGAUGCCUAUUGCAGUCAACACUGAUAAGCCCAAAUCUCAACACUAUGAAUUGCCAACCUCUUUCUUCAAGCUCGUCCUUGGAACCAAUCUCAAAUACAGUUGCUGUUACUUCUCUUCUGACUCUCAGACGCUGGAAGAUGCUGAAGAAGCAAUGUUAGAACUCUAUUGUGAGAGAUCAAACCUGAAAGAUGGUCACACAGUCCUUGAUGUUGGAUGUGGUUGGGGCUCACUGGCUCUUUAUAUUGCCAAGAAAUACAGUAACUGCAAGGUUACAGGAAUAUGCAAUUCCGCAACCCAAAAGGCUUAUAUUGAUGAGCAGUCCCGGGAUCUUCAGCUGCAGAAUUUGGACAUCCUUGUUGCAGAUAUUAGCACGUUUGAAAUGGAAGGUUCCUAUGACAGAAUAUUUUCCAUAGAAAUGUUUGAGCAUAUGAAGAACUAUAAAGAUCUUCUCAAGAAGAUAUCUUCAUGGAUGAAAGAGGAUAGCCUUUUAUUUGUUCAUUAUUUCUGCCACAAAGUAUUUGCUUAUCAUUUUGAGGACAAAAAUGAUGAUGACUGGAUCACUAGAUACUUCUUCACAGGAGGAACUAUGCCUUCAGCAAAUCUACUACUUUAUUUCCAAGAUGAUGUUACUGUCCUCAACCAUUGGCUAGUAAAUGGAAAACACUAUGCACAGACCAGUGAAGAAUGGCUCAAAAGAAUGGACAAGAAUAUCACCACCAUAAAGCCUAUUAUGGAAUCAACGUAUGGCAAGGAUUCAGCUGUUAAGUGGACAGUAUAUUGGAGAACAUUCUUUAUAGCUGUUGCAGAACUCUUUGGAUACAAUGAUGGUGAAGAAUGGAUGGUUGCACACUUCCUUUUCAAAAAGAAAUAAACAGAAGAGCUGAAAUAAAAAAAGGAGAUUGCUAGGGUACCAACAUUUUUAGUAGAAUAAAAUAGAGAGUUGGCUAGUGUUAACUCAAAUACAAGACAAAUAAGAGAAAAAAUAUUGGUUCCCCAACAUUUACAUGCCUUACUAAUUGUUCUGUAAUUUUAUCAUCUUUAGAUUCUAUUUGGUUGCCCAUCAUGUAGUAUGUCUCAAUCUUUUUUUUAAAUAAGGAACCUAAUGCCAAUAUCAACACUGGUGGUUCCUCUUAAACUAGUACUAUAUCUUGACGCUGAUUCUGAUUUAUAAGUUCAUCUUCAAAAUGUUAUAUAGAAUAGAUAAAUAUUUUAUUUUGAAAA